AUGCUCCUCCCAUCAGCCCACCCACCCUCCCGUCACUCCAUCCACCCUCCUCUCCAUCCAUCCUCCCAUCACUCCAUCUCUCCUCCUGUGGCUUCAUCCACCCUCCUGUCACUCCAAGCAUCCUCUCGUCACUCCAUCCAUCCUCCCUUGCUCCAUCCAUCCUCCCGUGUCUCCAUCCCUCCUCCCGUCACUCCAUCCCUUCUCCCAUGGCUCCAUCUACCCUCCUGUGGUUCCAUCCCUCCUCCUGUGGCUCCAUCCACCCUCCUGCGGCUCCAUCCAUCCUCCCAUCGCUCCAUCCCUCCUCCAUGGCUCCAUCUACCCUCCCGUGGCUCCAUCCCUCCUCCUGUGGCUCCAUCCCUCCUCCCGUGGCUCCAUCCACCUUCCCGUGGCUCCAUCCUUCCUCCCUUGCUCCAUCUAUCCUCCCGUGACUCCACCCACCCUCCCUUGCUCCAUCCCUCCUCUCAUGGCUCCAUCUACCCCCCGUGGCUCCAUCCCUCUGCCUGUGUCUCCAUCCACCCUCCCUUGCUCCAUCCUUCCUCCCGUGGCUCCAUCCACCCUCCCUUGCUCCAUCCAUCCUCCCUUGCUCCAUCCGUCCUCCCGUGGCUCCAUCCACCCUCCCGUGACUCCAUUCACCCUCCCGUGGCUCCAUCCACCCUCCCUUGCUCCAUCCAUCCUCCCUUGCUCCAUCCAUCCUCCCUUGCUCCAUCCUUCCUCCUGUCGCUCCAUCCACCCUCCCUUUCUCCAUCCACCCUUCCUUGCUCCACCCACCCUCCCUUGCUCCAUCCUUCCUCCCGUGGCUCCAUCCCUCCUCCCAUGGCUCCAUCCCUCCUCCCAUGGCUCCAUCCACCCUCCCAUGGCUCCAUCCCUCCUCCCGUGGCUCCAUCCACCCUCCCUUGCUCCAUCCACCCUCCCUUGCUUCAUCCAUCCUCCCGUGGCUCCAUCCACCCUCCUGUGGCUCCAUUCAUCCUCCCGUGGCUCUAUCCCUCCUCCCAUGGCUCCAUCCCUCCUCCCGUGGCUCCAUCCAACCUCCCUUGCUCCAUCCACCCUCCCUUGCUCCAUCCCUCCUCCCAUUGCUCCAUCCACCCUCCCGUCACUCCAAGCAUCCUCCCAUCAGCCCACCCAUCUCUCUGUGGACAUUUACACUCUAGUCAGGUUCUGGUCCUCCCAGUCUGUCUCCAAGGGCAGCCCCUUUCCGCGGGACACUCAAAGGAAGGGGUGCGUGGGGGCUGCGGAGCCCGGGCCCCAGGACGGAGGCUUGGCCCUCUCAGCAGCAGCCGCCAGCCCGGGGCAGCUUGGGAAAGGUCUCGGAGGUGCCCACACCAGACACGCCCGUGAGCUGGCUGUGCUUAUACGGGGAGAGAGAGGCGGCCCACGGGGCAGGGGAGCAAGGCUCUGGGUGUGAGCGCCUGGACUCCAGGGACCCCCACUCCAGGGAGAAGCGCCUGCUAGCGAGAAGGUGGGCCUGGGUGGGCUGUGGGAGAGAGUGUGCUUCACAAUUGUGCUCCGAACCCUCGGAUUGUGCUGUGAACAGUUGAGUGUGCUCUGGAAGCCUCUCUGAGCAUUGCCCCUCCUCCCAGGGAGCCAGACGGAGCCAGUCUGGGCUCCAGGGUGGCCGGAGUAGACGGGGGACUGGACGGCUGGUCCUAAAGGAGAUGGGGACGGGCUCGGGCCCAGACAUCCCCUCCCAAGCGGGAUCUGGGGCACAUCCAUCCCCCCAGUGUGGACACAGGGUCUCCACUUAGGGUGGCACAGGGGAGCCCCUCAGCCCGCUGCCAAGUCCGAGGGCACCAUCUGCCUCACAGAACAGAAGGCCACCCCAGUUCUGAGGCCUGGCACCUGUGUCCCACCCCAGCCUUAAGUCAGGAAACUCUGGGGCUCCCCACCCCCACCCCACCGGGUGUCUCUCACCCAGCAGCACACAGGGAAUCUGAGACCUCAGAACUGCAGGUGGCGGGUUCCAGGGAGGAAGGGCAGUGGGGGGGACUCCCAAGUGGCCACUUGGAGUCUCCCCUGCACUGGGGCCAGGACUUCCGGAUUAUUCCUGUCAUUUGAUAAGAGGAUCUCAGAGGGUUCGAUUGGGCUGGGGCUGGGACUGGACUGGUGGACAGCGCUGAAGUCGCUGGGCCAGGGGUGGAGGCUGAGGCAGGGCUGACCCGCUCUUCUGGGCAGAGGGCCUGGACAUGGGCAGUCU